CCAUCUCGUCGCCGAUCCGACUCGCCUCCCCAUCAAUACAGCGAGCGCCGUGUCCCCGAUCCAGCCACACCACGAGUCGGCACAGCCCCGCGAUCCCCUCCCCCUCUUCCUACCUCAGAUUCGCGGCGAUCUAGCCGGCGGGCGCGAUGGCGGGGCAGAACCAGCGGCUCAACGUCGUGCCAACGGUGACGAUGCUCGGCGUCAUGAAGGCCCGGCUCGUCGGCGCCACCCGCGGCCACGCGCUGCUCAAGAAGAAGUCCGACGCGCUCACGGUCCAGUUCCGCGCCAUCCUCAAGAAGAUCGUCGCCGCCAAGGAGUCCAUGGGCGAGACGAUGCGCGCAUCCUCCUUCUCCCUCGCCGAGGCCAAGUACGUCGCCGGCGACGGCGUCCGCCACGUCGUCCUCCAGUCCGUCCGCGCCGCCUCCGUCCGCGUCAAAUCCCACCAGGAGAACGUCGCCGGGGUCAAGCUCCCCAAGUUCACCCACUUCGUCGACCCCGCCGCGGCCUCCGGGGGCCCCUCCAACGCGUCCCCGAGCCUCACGGGCCUCGCCCGCGGCGGGCAGCAGGUCGCCGCCUGCCGCGCCGCGCACGUCAAGGCCAUCGAGGUGCUCGUCGAGCUCGCAUCGCUCCAGACCUCCUUCCUCACGCUCGACGAGGCCAUCAAGACCACCAACCGCCGUGUCAACGCGCUCGAGAACGUCGUCAAGCCCAGGAUCGAGAACACCAUCAGCUACAUCAAGGGGGAGCUCGACGAGCUCGAGCGAGAGGACUUCUUCAGGCUCAAGAAGAUCCAGGGAUAUAAGAAGAGGGAGAUCGAGCGCCAGAGGGCCAACGCCAGGCUGUUCGCGGAGGAGCAGCUCGCCGAGGAUCUCGCGCUCAAGAGGGGCAUCUCCGUGGGGGCUGCAGCAAAUCUGCUCGUUGCUGGAGGGGAGAAGGACGACGACAUCAUCUUUUGAUCGCCUCUUCCAUGGUCAUCCAAUUAUUCAAUCGGUGCGUAGAAUCAUCAAUGCCUUGUCCUCUUAUUCUGGAUCUGGACUGCUGCUGUAGCUCCUUGGAUUGUACUAGUAUCAAUCGUGUACUGCAGUUAAUUCUUAGAUGGAUCCAAGUUACCUUCCCAAAGAUGUGUACGUGAUGUCCAAAAGUAUUCCUGCCUGUGAUGAUUCAUCAGAAUUAUAAGCUGCUGUUCAUUAAUGUGCACAAUACACUUGCAGAUUGGUCACAUUGGUUGUAUUCCUGCAUGUUCAUCUGAAUUAUAAAGUAGCUGUUCAUUUAUUUGAA